AUGCUUUCGUUCAUCUAUAUCCUUUUUCCCACUCUGAGCAUAGCAAUUUAAUCCUAUUUUGUUAAGUUUGGUGAAGUUAAGACCUUAUUUGAAGCGAAGGAUGCAUUAGAUGCCCAACUAAUUCAGAUUGAUGAUGAACACAAAAUAAUUGCUAAUGCACAGUAUUGCUAUCUUUCAAAUAGAACAUUAUACACAGAAGGAUAAACAUUUGCAUUAUCAACUGUUGAAUAAGGAAGCGAAGUUGUAUCUGAAGAUUCAGAUCUCCUAAUAGAUAUGGUGAUACUCGGGGAAAAUGAUAUAUAUGGAUUAACAAUAAAUAAUCGCCUUUUCCAUGUCAGUCUAAAUUCGAAAACGACUAAAACAUAUGCUCUUAAUUUCACAAAUUACUCAGACUCACUCCCUCAACUCAUUGGGUACUCAAACAAUCUUAUAUUUGCCUAUUCUAAUUAUGCUUUCUACUUGAACUUUGAUAACCUGAAGCAAUAGACUGGUAUUCAGAAUUGGUAAAGUAGGCAGACUCGAUAUUACUCUGAAAUAAUUGAUUGCUAUUUAUUUUCAGCUAUUGGAUUAGAUGGUUUGGAAAUUUACUUGUUAAAUUAAGAAUAUUAGUCUUAUAAUUUAAACAAUUAAUCUAUUGGAUUAUUGGCAGUUGAUUUUAGAGAUUUUUCAAUUUUUAAAAUAAAGGACUCAAAUUAUAUACUUUAUAUACUAUGUAAGAUCAAUGGCGUUAUCGUAAUUGAUUUGACAAUAUCCAAUGAGGAAAUCUCGAGCAAAUUACUUUUGAAAAAUGUUGGUCCAAAAAAUGAUGGAAUCGCAUUAACCAUCAAUAGUGGUGGUUCUGUCUUUGUUGCUUAUAAAACUAAAAAUCAGUAUUAUGUCAUCCAAUUCACUGUUGAGAUCAAUAGUAGAAAGUGGGGUUCUGUCAAUAGAUUCAACAUUUCAAAUAAAAUACUAGACAUUGAUGUUAAUGAGGAGUUUAUUCUUGUUUAAGGGUUUCAUACUCAUUUUCUCAUUUAUUACAUGGAUAAAUAAAAUGCCAUCCCUUUUCAAUUAACUUCGGUUAAGUAAUUUGUGUUGGCUGAUUCGAACAUCUAUGGAACAACAUCUAAAUAUUUAUUUCAAUUUUAACCAAAAAUUUAGCCAUUUUAAAUUAAGUGCUUCAUUGAUAAAAUUUUAGCGGAUUCAAAAUAAUUUGAACGAAAAUAUAAAUUACUGUAUAGAACUAAUUAAGGUUGGAAACAAAGAGAAUUUAAAGUUCGUUUUAACUAAAGUUCUUAAUUUAUUUCAAUACAAUUGUUAUUUUUCAUAUUACUAGUGGUUGUCAUAUUAAUUCUAUUAUGUGUAGCAUAUAAUUAAUGCUAAAAUUAAAGAUAAAAAUUGAAGGAAAGCUAAUAACUAGAAUAGAAGAUUAAGUCUCUGCCCUAGAAUAGGGCUUCUAAAUUACUAAUGCCUCAUACCUUUAGAGCCACUAAUACAAAUGCAGAAACGAGAAUUAAUACUAAUAAUUACCAGGAUGAGAACACCAUGUUGGAGAGGGAUAUGAAAAUCUCUUGA